UAUUUUAUUCGUACUACAUGUCCUCACCUUCCUUGCUGUUCUUUCAACAUUACUAGGAACAUUCAAUCGUUCAAUUGCACUACGCAAAAAUAAAAAAUUCCUAAUCCACUGUUAAGUUGUGUCUCUUGAAAAGAAAAAUAUAUUUAGAUCACUAUUUGCACAUAAAAAUUUACUUGACUAUCAAGUUCCAAUAGCUGAAAAUUAAAAUAAAAUAAAAAUAAAAAUAAAAUGAUAAAACUAAACGGCUUCAUUUAAGCCGCUUUUGUAUCAUACUGGAAAAUGAGUAUUUUUGAUUGAACACUCUUGAUUUGUAUUACUUGGAAGUAAAUUCUCGACUGAUCCGAUAUUGAGUUACACUACUACCUCAUUUUUCGGUCAAAAUCCCGGUGGAGACUCGUAGUGGAUUUUCGGGGAAUUGAAAAAAUGAGAAUCCAGACCCAUAGAACAUCGAAUUAUUUACCAACGUUUUGUCGUUCCAAGGCUGGUCCUGUCUUCUAAAUAAGAAAUAAAAUAGGUAAGAAAACUUGCGUUUUUCUGUAAUACAAAAGUGAAAAGUAAACACAAAAUUAACAGACGCUUUGUUGGGAAAUCUAUUAUAAAUAGAUCUUACUAUUUCUCAUACACAUUUUCAUAUAUUUCGUGAAAGCGUAUUAUAUCUUACAUCGAACACACAACUUCUAUAUACAAUAUGACCUUUCUUUGUUUUGAAUGUUGAAAGCAUUCUUCUAAUGCUGCCAGUGAUAGCAGAGAUACCACUGUUGUGAGAAGUAAUUCAAGUAGUCCUUCAGAAUCAAGAAUAUUGUGCGGAAUUCUGCAAACGACUCAGAAUCCAAUCUCUGCACACAACUUGGCCUAAUCUUUAUACAGUAUUAAAAGAAAAGGCGUAAAACUGUUGUUAUAGAAAGCGGAUUAUUUGAAGAAACUAAACGCAAUCAAAUUGCAACUUCACAGAAAAUUUGCAUUUCCUACAUUAACUUGAUAAUAAUCAUAAGGAUAAGGAUGCGUGACAUUCACAUUUUACUGACUGAACAAGAAGAAGUGGUACAGUUUAUCGCAUUGAUGAAAAUGCUAAACGCAGCACACCGAUCAUUAAACUUUGAAAUUCCGGAGAUAACCUAUUUUAAAUAUUUCUCUCCUAGUUUUCCUUACCUUCCCCUAAAACAAUUUCCUUACGAACCUUUCACUAGCAAAGAUAUUAUUCUCAGUACAGUAAACAGGUACAAAGAACAUAAGAAAAUAUAUAAAAAUUCACGUUUUUUCGACCAGAAGUUUGUUUUCGUAUGUGAAGGGAAUAGCGUAACCGUAGGAUUCAAUAUGAGCUUCUACUUUGAUGUGCUUUUUAUAUGCUGCUUGCAUUGUAUAGCAUGUUGUAACAGUUACACCAAAGGAAUAAAGAUUUUAAUAGAUAUAAUGACAAGAAAAUAUAAUUUAAAAUGCGAAUAUGAUAAUACUAUAACCGAAGAUGAGCAGGCGCUCACUUUGUACAGAAUAUCACUUUGUUUUCCGAGCGUAACAAUAAGUGCAUGUACAGCGAUACAACCUUCGUUCAGUACAAGUAUACUUUCCAAUUUUCCAAACUUGCCUGUAGAAUUGCUCAAUCCAUAUAUUCUAUAUAUUAUGCCCCUUAAAUGUUAUGGUACACCUCACGAGCUACUUAUUUGUAUAAAGAUUUUGUUAAGGGAAUAUUGGUCAGAAUGCGAAAAACUUCCUCUACAGACAUAUAACAAAAUUUUUGAUGUAGCUUGUAGUAAUUAUGUGUUUCCUUUCAAGCUUAAAUGGAAAUUACUCAGAAAGUGGAAAAUUGUAAAGAAAGAUGGUACUUUUUCCUACAGAUUUGUUGACAACGUUCAAAUGUAUAAUCGAGAUGCUAAACCAUUGAUUAGAUACUUAAAGGAAAGAGAUUCAUCAUUAAAGGAAAGAGAAUUAUCUGGUCAGAAUGAUCAGAAGAACUCAGUAAACUAUCAAUAUAUUUUUUCUCCGUUCUUACAAAUGUAUUCAGGGUAAAGUUUUUAUUAUUACGAUAUUAAAAAUAUUAGCAAUCACAUUUUAUUAUUAAUGGUUCAGCAAUUUAUCUUCAUGGCAAUUGUUUUACACAAAUAAUUAAUAUGUAGGUUAAUAUUUCUCAAAGAGAACAAGAUUCGAAAGAUAAUUAAAAUUGUAUUUUAAAUUUGUAUUUUAUAAUGGAUUAGUAUGAGAUAUACUCCAAUGUUCUCAGAAUUAAGCGUUAUAAAUCACAAUAUCUACCUCUUACUUUAAUUUUUAAGAAAUUCGUUAUUAAAUUGCAUGUUGUAUACCUUAUAUGAAUUAUUUUAAAACUUUAUGUACAUGUAAGUAGAAUAUACUUUCUACAUUUUGAAAGAUAAUCAUUGCGUGUGUACAACAUAUUUUUCACAAAAUUGUAAAAUUGGUAUGAAAUAAAUCAUCAACACAAAUGUAAAAUGUA